GCAGGCAAACUUUCUCAUGACUUUUUUCCUCAGGGUUAUUCCUCCCUGCUAUUUUGGUGACAUAAUUUGCUAAGGUUAUGCAGGAAGCAGGUGGUUAGUCCAAUCCACAAUUUUUGUUGAGACUACUACUUCUGAGUAGUUUUUAUUGGAAUGCCACCCUAGAAGGAAGAUUAGUGGGAAAAUCUUGCAAAGUUCCUCUAUUGAAUUUGUUAAAAUAAAAUAAUUCUCUCUCUUAAUUUUUGUUCAAAAAUUAAAUAAGAUUAUAAGAUUGUUGAAAUUACAAAAAAAAAAUACUAGCCUGGGUUCUUGCAAUUUUCAACAUUGAAUUCACCUUACCCAUUUGCAGGUGCAUGUCCUCACCUAGCUCAUAAAAUAAAAAUUAAUAGGUAUUUUUGAACCAGAUGAGGAUAUGCAUCAAUUGUGGUACAGAAUUCUCUUCCAACCCACUAGAUGAUGAGCAUGAUCUUCAGAUGAAUAUCAUGCUCAUCAUCUAGUGGGAUUGGAAGUCUGGAAUUUUUAAUGGUGGUUUGUUUUUCUGCUCCAUGAUCAUGUUUGGCUAAUAAGGUGAAAAAAGUGGGUACUUUAUAACAAAUCACUAAAUGUUUCAGAAAAGGGACAUUUUUAUUUCAUCUUUCAAGAGAAUUACAUUCUUUUUCAGGGAGAACUUGGAUCCAAAUCAUCAAUAUAGAGAUGAAGAAUUAUGGAAUGCCUUAAAAGUGGCACAGUUGUAUGAUCUAGUCAUUAGUUUGCCUGGAAGCUUAGAUGCAGAAUUAAAUGAUGAAGGUUCAUAUUUUAGUGUUGGACAACGACAGCUAUUCUGUUUGGCUCGAGCUAUUUUAAAAAAGUCGAAAAUUUUAAUAAUGGACGAAGCAACGUCAUCGUUAGAUCCAGAAACUGAUCAAGUUUUGCAGAAAGUUGUAGCUUCCAAUUGCGCCGACUGCACUGUCUUAACAAUAGCUGUAAGUUAAGUUAUUUUUUUUUACUGAUUUGUCAAUUUGUGGCAUGAAAGAUGGUGUGUGAAAUUGGAUCUCUCAUUAUAUGGCUGGCUACAGGAGGAGAUAAAAAAUGAAUUAUCAUACAUAAUAGGGUUGGGAGAAUCAUGUGUAAGACUUCAUUUUAGAUCUCUCAUGAUGGAAAGCUGACAUAUUUGCAUGAUUGAUUUAUAUCUAAUACAUCUUACCAGAUAAAUUAGUGCUCCAAGUCUGGAUGACACCUUGAGCUAGAUAUUAACUUGUCAACUGAAAUAAAAAAAAUUGGUAGAUCAUAAGCAACAUUUUUAAACAGUUUUUUCUAUAACAAAGUUUUUCAUCUGCAGACUGUUAUGAAUCUGACAGGAUCUGAAGGAUUAAAUAAAUGUCUUUUGAGAUAUUUUACCACAGAUAAAAAGAACUUUCUAACUUCUGAAAAUUUUAGUGAUCAUUAUAAAACAAGCAAUAAUGGGAGUCUUACAUUAAUUUUUUUUAGUAAACUUUUGAAAAGCUGAAACAUAUUGUGGGAUAAAAGUUUUUUGAUAGAUCUUGUCCAAAUACCAACCUAUAAAAGAUGGUCAUUUAUGCUAUGUAGUUCUGGGAGGAUAGUGAAAUUCAAGAUAGAUCUGACUUAAGGAAGAAAAGGCAAAUAACCUA